UUAUUCUUGACUUCACCGAAGGAAAUUCAGUCAGUUUUGCAAUGGCGUUCUUGUUUGUUCACACUCGCAGAUUCUGUGACCCACAACUUUUCCCACAGUCAAUGGUUUAUGCAAGCAUGAAGUAGUUGCACUGACACUAUUCUGCUGCUUGUACCUUUAUCCUUUGUCACGCCAGGAGACAUUUGAUCAACUUUUCAUGAGUAUGCUUUAAUUUCCAAUGCCCAGAAUCAGGAUGCCAUUGUUUUGAUCACCCACUCAGGACAUUAACAGUUCAUUUACAUCACUUGACGGCACACCAUGGCGGCCUUCGUAAUCCGCCUCAGAUGAGUGUUUCAGAUGAAAUUAUAAGUAAACAAUUACUUUGAAGUGCAAAUCUUGAGUGGACAUGAUUUACAACAUCAGUAUUUAUCAUUUAGGCACAAAAUAUCAUUUAGAUUGCUCUUCCCUGUAACAGCCUUCUCGUGACACUAAAUUGUUAUUUUAUUCUAGUAAUGUGUGACUUUUGCGCCAUCUGCUGGAGAACAUUUCUCUGCUCGUCGCAAGUGUGACUUUUUUUUUUACUGUAUUUGUCUGAGGGACCUGUGGUAAAUAUCGACAUGUCGAAAUAUAGUUAAAAUUAUAUUGAUGCCCGUAACACGCUUGAAAAACUUUAAUAAUACAAAAAUAACCAGUAAAACAAAACAAAACAAAAACAACAAGAAGAAAGUGCAAAGAAAGAAAGGAAGAAAUAAAGAAAGAAGCAAAAACAAACAAAUAAAUACUAUAUCACUAGUUUACAUUUGAUCAACAUCCUGAAUCUUGUUAUCGCAUGAAUCAGACCGUGAUCGACACACCAGGAGCGAAUCACUUUCAGCGUUCCGGCCGAGCGCGCAGUAAACAAGCCAGCAGUAUAAAAGGAGGAGCAUAGGGGGAAAUCGUGUGUAUAAAAUAAAGUAUCACACCUGUGCCACGCGAGGAAAGGACUCAACCAGUAACCAGUUUCAUCGCGCAGACUAUUUUGUGUACAGGUUUUUUCAGUUGAUACAGGCAACAAUAUCAAACAAGCCGCUGAAAGUGAGAUUGAUGACUUUGAUGAUCCUUCUCCGUCUGCACUCAUCCAUGCUGUAACUUUAGGUGGGACUUUGAAUCUCUCACAGCCUUUCAUCUCUCACCUCAAAUAGAAAUUUGAAUCGAGUGCUGUAGAACCAUGCCUCGUGACUUAACUUCCACCAAGCUCAGCAGAAAAGUCAGAGUAUGUGCACGACCACUUCUACCUUUCACCUGGAUAAUUACCUUCACAGCUCUAUGCUUACUCUUCAUUUACACCCCCGAAAUCACGUGGAAGAGGCUUCCCUUCUUAAGGUCUGACCUUAUGGACUCUAAGGAUGUGGUCUCAAGAGGGGAUGUGACCAUCAAGAACAACACGGACGGGAGGGGGAUACCCAGGCACCACCUAUUCUUCCUGAAGGUUCACAAAGCAGCCAGCAGCACGGUACAGAACGUCCUCCUCCGGUCGGCGCUGCGCUACAACCUCACCGUCCUACUGCCCAACAGAGGUCACUACUUUUCAGAGAAAAACAAAAACUACUGGGAAAAAGUUUUGCCUCUCAAUCGCAGCGAUCACUAUGACAUCCUGUGCUGUCAUCUCGUAUACAACGAGACGUUCGUGCGAGAGUAUAUGCCCAAUGACACCCUCUUUGUAGCCAUCGUUCGCGAACCCUUCGCACAGGUGUUGUCCGCGUUUCACUACUUUUCCAACGUUUUUCCCAAACGCUAUCUCGUCGCAAUACCUGGCCCAGUUCCUUUUCUAACUUACCUGGAAAACCCCUCAAGGUGGGAGCAUAUAAACGUAAACGAAUCCUUCACAAACAAUCGGAUGAGUUUUGACUUCGGCCUCGAACCCUCUCAGUUUUACAACACCAGCGAAAUUAAACGCUUCAUCGAGCAGAUCGACAAGAGGUUCGACUUGGUGAUGAUCCACGAGAUGUUCGACGAAUCGUUGGUGUUUCUCAAGCGACUGGCUGGCUGGAAUUUCAGGGAUAUCAUUUACAUGAGAACUAACUCCUUUGACAGAACUGUGAAAUACAAUUUUACGGCAGAACAUCGGAGCAAACACCAGCAGUUCGAAGCUGCAGACUACGCCCUUUACGAACAUUUCCUCGGGAAGUUCAAGCGAAAACUCGCAGAAGCUGGUGAAGACUUUAAACAGGAAGUGGAAGAGUUCCGCAAGAUUGUCUACGCCGUGUGGCACUUUUGCAGUGGACCUAAAGAUGUGAAGUACUCCCUUCACUUCCAUGCUACUCACUGGUCGAGCGAGUUCGACUUUGUUGCUGAAGAGUGUCUCCUGUUGAAGAGAAGCGAGAUUGCAUUUAUACAUUUUAUGAGGCUAAGACACAAAGGAAUGCUGACUUAGCUCUUAAUAUUGUUGAAAAGUCUGAACAUUAUACUGCAUUUAGUUUAUUAUUAUUGUUGUUGUUGUCAGUCAAAUUGUUUAAUACUGAAAAUAAUGAGGUUUU